CAAAAGGGGCCUCUAGGUUCACACAGCUGGAACUCAUCUCCAGGAACAAACAGCUGGAACCCAUCUUCAGUUGGAGGGAAACUUCCAGACUUUUGUAAGAUUCUUCCUCCUGGGAGCCCCUGUUGGAAGAGAUGGUGAUGGGCCAGGGCCCCCUGUUGUUGGUCUUCAUGCUGGGUCUGGGUCUGACCCCGCCAACCCUGGCUCAGGAUGACUCCAGGUACAAACACUUCCUGACCCAGCACUAUGACGCCAAACCAAAGGGCCGGAAUGACAGAUACUGUGAAAGCAUGAUGGAGAGACGAGGCCUGACCACACCCUGCAAAGACACCAACACCUUUAUUCAUGGCAACAAGGGCAGCAUCAAGUCCAUCUGUGGAAAUAAGAAUGGAAACCCUUACGGAGAAGCUUUAAGACUAAGCAAGUCUCCUUUCCAGAUCACCACCUGCAGGCACGUAGGAGGGUCUCCCCGGCCUCCCUGCCGGUACAGAGCUACACCAGGCUUCAGACACAUUGCUGUUGCCUGUGAAAAUGGCCUGCCUGUCCACUUUGAUGAGUCCUUUUUCCGUCCAUAACCAGCAGGCCACAGCUGGCUCUGCUCCCCUUUCCUUGCAUUUCCCUCCACAGCCCAGAACAGUGGUGGCAACAUUCAUUGCCGGGGGCCCGGAGAAUGACCUGCCUGGAUCUCUUGCUUUCCUUUUUAUAACAUGCUUAAGAAAUAAAAAAUGACUCUGAAAUCAGUAA